CCCUGUACAAUAGAUUUGUUUGCAAUAAUUUUUAAAGCGACUCUAAUCCGAUUGCAGACUUGUCAUAACCGCAAUCGUUUGCACAAUUUUAGCUAUCAAUUUGAUAAAUUGAAUGCAUUAAUUGCGUGUAUGGUGCGUAGGAAAAAGCUAUGACAAGCAGACAUUCUUGGAAUGGUAGACAUUCGGGAGUAUUGCGUUUUACAAGUUGUUGGAAAUGAGUCUAUUUGAUUUCUUAAAUAUUAGUUUUGUAUAUCAUAGUUAUGUACAUUUACUUCGCUGUAAACUCAAACGAAUAUCCAUAGGGCAUAGAUUAGAGUAAACACUACAACUAAGAAUAUUUGUAUUUGUCAUGCUCUUUAUAGUGACAAUUUGUCCUAUAGAUGCAAUGAAAUCGUUUUAGUUACAUAUGCAAAUUACACAUUUGAUUUAGAAUUAAUCAAGCCUCCAUUCGGUGUGUACACAUUUUACAUUUUUAUAGUCUCAAAAAAUGUCGAAAAAAAUACUUAGUUCUGCCAUAAGUGUUGCUACCAGAUAAAAUGUGUAAACAUUCGUUAGGGAUGAUUUUUUCUUAAAAAAAAUGUGCCUACAGAUAAAUAAUAAGCAUAUGCGAAAAUACAUCUGUAUAUAAUAUUAUACAUAUUAUGUACAUAUCUAAGUUCAAUCAUGUAUCGCAUACAAUGAUUGAAUGCAAUGGUAUCAAUUCCGACUGAUCUUCUACAUUCGUUUAUUGUGUGUACUACAGUCAGCAGUUGUUAACACAUUGAGUAUUUUAUGAUGACAUUGUUGACUAAGGAUCCGCGACAAUCUUAUAUUAAUCAACAAGGAAAUCAAGGCACACCAUAUCAAAGACGCCAAAAUCAAAAUUUUGACAAUAAAACUAUCCGGAAUGAGAAUACGCACCAAGCGCAGCAAGAAAAUAAGGCACAAGAGCAACAGAGAUAUGAGAAUACACAACCGCCGCCAUUAGAGCCACCCCCACAACCACCACAAAUGGAAGAAGAUCCAGCAGAGGAAGAAGAAGUCAAAGUGGAAGAUUCUGGCCUAUACGAUGAAAGUGGAAAAUUGCAGUACAAGAAUAUUUUCCGUACGCGCAAGAAGUCUUCCGUUCGUGCCAAGGAGAAGAAAAUACGUCAAAAUCGUCAAUUGCGCAAAACACUAAUUCCCAAGAAUGCUUUGAUGGUUCUGAAUGAGGUCGUUGGCUUGACAAUUAGCGAAUUUACUAUUACCACUGCUUCAGGUGGUGGAUUUGUAGCUGUUGUUACGGUUAAUGAUAAACAAUAUGAAGGCAAAGGUCAUUCUAAGAUAGCUGCUAAAAAUAGUGCCAGCGAGAAGGCAUUACGCGAUUAUGUGUUGGAGAAAAUGCGUGAAAAGCCACGAUUGCGUAAGAGCUCAGUUAAUAAUGAUGAGUCCGUGGAAAUGGCCGUUGAUGCUCCCAAUGAAUCGGUCAGCGAGAACGGAGAAGACGGGCAGCAGGAUAAUUCUGGCACAUCAGCGCUAAUCGAUGAUGUGCCCAUGGUUAAUUUGGCUUCAUUCGCUAUUUUUAAACUGUUUACUGAAUGGGAGAACGAGGGUUAUGUUGUACCCGAGUUGCGUGUUGCUCAUCCGCCGCAAACAGGUUCUGGCAACGACAGCACCAAUGGAGAUGGAAAUCCUCUAUUUAAGCCGCCAAAGGCGGCACCAAUUCGCUCUGAAUUGCCAAGCAAUUGGGAAUCAAUUCAUCCUUCUACUUUACUCUGUAUGAUGCGUCCAGGAUUGCAGUAUCGCGAAAUUGGUACAGUAGGCGACCCACCAAAUGUAUUACAGCGCAUGGGCGUUACUGUUGACGAAGUGGACUAUGAAAGCUCUGGUCGUUCUAAGAAAACUGCUCGCCGAAAUGUGGCCGUUUGUGUGCUUAACGAAUUGUUCGGUACCAAUUUUGUCAAGGAGCCACCAUUUGAAGAAUAAAUAAAAUAAAAUUCUUUACUUAUGAUAGUAUUGAACAUAUGUAUUUACAGUAGUAGACUUUAAAUCCUAACCAAUCUUCAAACUUCAGUAUACAAAUUAGAUUUUACUAAAUAAUUACUGAACUUUACAAAUAAAAAAAAAUCAUUUGGAAUAA